AUGGCGGCGUCACUCGCCAUCUCAGGUACGCCAAUUCCCAUCCUGCAACUCUCUGUUUUUCUCCAGGCGCAAGAGUUCAUCUACGCCGAUGAUUUUUCUGUGCUGGGGGAUGCGGCUGGCGGCGGCUCUCCCGUGGCGAUGUUCACCGGCCGUGGUCAGACUCGCCGGCCGAAUGGCGAUGGAGGCUCUGGACGCCGAGGAGGACAGAAUCGCGGCCGGCAAGGGCGAGGUGGUCGCGGUGCCCAGGGACGUGGUCAUGGCGGCGGAAUCCCUCGCUGCCAAAUCUGCAGGUCGCACGGCCAUACUGCCGUGUAUUGCUUCAAGCACUACACCACGCAACCACCAGCCCAAGCCAAUGUCGCCGUCGCCGGAGAUGAGGGAGCAGCGGCCACAGUUGAUGCAUGGUAUCCGGAUACCGGCACCACCUCUCACGCGACACCGGACGCGCCAAUGAUUGGGCAGUCCGAGGAUUACACUGGUGGCAACGUCUUGCGGGUUGGCAAUGGUACAUGUUUGGGUAUUUCCCGUGUCGAUCAUGCAUCUAUCUCGUCUGUUCCAAAAAAUAUACGUUUGUCAAAUAUAUUGCAUGCUCCUCAAUUGUCCGUACCUCUUUUGUCUGUACAUCGCUUUACUAAUGAUAACGAUGUAUUCUUUGAAUUUCAUGACAAUUAUUUUGUUGUUAAGGACUCAAUUAUCAAGGCGGUUCUGCUUUAA